UAGAUAUGAGAAUUUUGAAAUACACAGGUAAGAAUGUGCAAAAAAGGGAGGCAGUGAAAAAGGUUAAUGCAAAGGGAAAAAACAAAGUGGGAGAAUGAGCAAAGGAGUAUUAGAAAGUGGGGAAGGUAAACAAAGGGUUUUGUGGGAAGUGAGAGAGAGAGAAAAUCAGAAUAUUGAAAAUGCAAGAAAGAUGACGAGAGGGUUCUUGAGAAAGACAAAUGUGAACAAAAAAAAGGGAGAACUAGAUGUGAGGACAGAAAGAAAAAGUGAGAGAUAGAGGGGAGGGGCAAAGAAAAGAACAAACGUGGGAAAGGUAAAAGCUGAGAUAGGGAGAAAGAGGGAAGGAAGAGAGGAAGGAAGGAAGGAAGGAAGAAAAGAGGGGAGGUUCCACGACCUCUGUUGCUUGUAUCAAAUGAAAAGGGAUAGUGGCCGAGGAAGAGAGAUCGGCGCUGCAUAUGAAUGGGAGAGACUACAGCUUGUGCGAGAGAGAGGGAGGGGGCCGAGACAGCGACCUCAAGAGGGAUGCUGCUCUGUCGUGUCUGCUGAGAUGCUGAGCGCUGCUGGACGACGACUAUAAGCGCCGAGGAGGCUGGACCGACAGGGAAGAGAGGAGAACAAGAGAGAGAGAGAGAGAGGGGGGAACGGAGGGAGUGAAGAGAAAAAAAACAGUCCUGAAGCCCACGGUUACGCCAAGCAGCAUGAGGCUGCAGGAGCUGGCAAACGUAAGCACGUUUGCCCACGCGGACACGGGGCUCUGAGGGCCAGUACCCCGUCAGCGAUGGCACUGUCCUUGGAUAACGUUGUCUGUGUCUUCCAUCUGUUUUCAUUCCAUUUCGCUGCACAGGCACAAGUGGAUUUUUCUAUGAUGACGACCUGUCAGCGGCAGCACGUUUGAAAACCCGGGACGAGCCAGAGAGCGAACCAAGCACGAGAAGCUGAGACGCCCGAGGUUAUGAACCGCACAGCUGAAUAAACUUCGGACCCGAGAGCAGUCGACCGCAGGCUUUUUUUCUUUUGACAGACGCCAGACGCACACUAUUACACACUUUUUUUUCCACACCAAGGUUUUUUCCCAUAUUUUUUGCAAAUCUUGGAGGGCAUAAGGACCUUCACAGGCAAGACGCGGGUGACUGGGGGAAUGCUUGGAGCCGCGUGAAGCGAUGUGUCCCGCUGAGCCUCUGCGUUCAGACUCACCGUGGUGAAUGUGCCCGGAGCGGCCAGGCACGGCAGGAGCCACCAGGGGGGUUCUUCCCUCACAUGUGACUGCCUGGACACUGGAAAAUGAGCACUGGCCCCACCCAGGAUGUGGCCAUUGAGCUUUUCCUACGAGAUAUUGAAGAAAGGGGCAGCCACGCGCACAAAGCUCUGAUUGCAAGAGAGAGCCAAAAUAGCGAGAUGAACCUGCUCUACCGGAAGACAAGGAUAGACUGGCGUCACCGUGAUACAACUGAUCACGAUAACAAAAAGAGCAGCAGCAAAGAUGGCUCUGUUACUGUGGGAAAGGUCAGAGACAUGGCCUCUUUUCGACGGCACUUCCGAAUGGGCUUCAUGACGAUGCCAGCUUCUCAAGAGCACACACCACAUCCCUGUGCAAGCAGUAUGGCACCCCGCUCACAGUCUUGUCAUUCUGUGGGCAGCAUGGAGAAUGGUGGGGAGUCACACCACCCUACCUGUGCCAGGAAGCCUCCAGCUAAGCCAAAACGUCAUCCCAGCACGCGGUUGAGCACAGCAGGAGAGCUCCAUGGCUCAGAGGAAGGAGGAGCUGCAGGGACUGAAAAGAAAACAGUGGUGAAGAAAUCAGACACAGGUGAACAACACGGCAGGAAGAUACCACCUUUGAAGCCAAAGAGAGCACCAAACACACAGCUAUCAGUAUCCUUUGAUAACACACACCCCACACAACCACUUAAUCCUACCAACUCCAGGACUAUCUCACGCCAGUCUUUCUCUGCUUCACGGUAUACCCCUGACAGCCAACACUCACAGUCACAUGCAUCCACUCCUCAGAAUGCCAGAGAAUUUGAUGAGGAGGAGCCAGUGUAUAUAGAGAUGGUUGGAGAUGUUUUUAAGGAUCCAUCCCACAGCACAGCCACUCCAGACUCAGAUUCUGACCAGAGUGAAGCCAUUUACGAGGAAAUGAAGUAUCCACUUCCUGAGGAUCCUGGGUGCCCUGUUGGGGAGUUCCAAAACCAUGGAAGAGGAGGGGAACAUAUACACCAUAAAUCAACCAAGGUCUCCCUUAUUCUCCCUCCUCCUCCACUACCUCCUCAUAAUUCAGCUCCCCUUGCACCUAAAGUUAAACUCAAGCGAGAAGUGGCGGUGGUGGCCCCAACUACUGCUUCAGUAAGUGCUGCUGAUCAGGCAUCUUUUGUGCAUUCUCAGCUUUCCACGUCUUCAGCUAGCUCAGGGACCACCAGAGCUCCUACUCCAUUUGUCUUUGCCAAAAACAGUUCCUGUGAGAUACCAGCCCCAUUUCCCAAUCUCCUUCAACACAAGCCUCCCUUGUUGGCCUUUCCACAACCAGCUGCUUCAUCAAGUGGCAUUUCUGUCCAGAAAUCCUCCAAACUAGGCACAGUAUCUACUCAGACUGGACAAUCUGGCCAGCCCAGCUCAAAGCUUCCUGUGCUACAGCCCAACAUCCAUGGCAAAGAUCAGUUACAAACUGCAUCACAACAGAGUAGUAAUGUUUCCUCUUCUGCGGCUUCCACAGUUGGGCCCAACUCCAGCAAUGCAGAUGGGCAGAAUCAAAACCAAAAUCAGCAGAAUCAAAGAGCUUCUGAUAUUAAGGAGCAAAAUCUCUUGGUUCUGGGGCCAGCUGGUAGAGCUCGAAGCCAUUCAACUCCGCUUCCUCCUCCCCAGUCAUCUCAGUCAUCUUAUCUGCAGCACAAAGCAGACAAAGACCUUCCUGUCUCACAGAGCAUGAAACUGGGAUCCCAUUCAGCAGUACAAUCUCUGCUUCCUGUCCUGCAACAGCAGGUAACUUCUGGAAGCACAGCAAAGGAUAAAAGUGUAGGCGUAUCUACAAGUCAAAAGUCAAGUCAGGACAGAGAAAAAGAAAAGCAAGAGCCAUCCACUGGUAAUACUGCAGUCCCGUCUGGACGCUCAGCUACUCCUCUGGCACGUCCCAUUUCCUAUCGCAGCCCAACACCUCACAACUUAAUGGAUCAUCCUUGUUCAAUGUUAUGGACAUACCCUUCUGCUGGUCUUAAGAGACCUCCAGCCUAUGACAGCCUACGGGGACCCACACAAGGAGGAAUUCCUAAAAGCAGCUCAGCCUCUCCUGCAGCUUUACCUACACAACAUAAAGGCUUGCUUGGGGCUCUCUCUACAUGCACACGUCAGCAGAUGCCCUCCGCCCUUCCCACAGUUCCUGCUGGCAGCACUGUGGGAGGAAUUGGGGAUCCUAAGGGACUUUCAAGUCCAGUUGAAGAAGGCACAUACUGGCCAAUGCAGAGGAAGAUGUCAUUUAGUAGGGGCAGCAAAGAUUCCGAAAAGACUAUAGAAAAUGCCAAAAUGUGGAAUGGGAGCACAGAUGCUCUGGUUUGUACCGAUAAGGAAGAAAAGUUAAUGGGACAGUCAGGGAUUCCUGUUCGGACGCACGGCCUAGAUGGGACUUCUGGGAAAAGCUUGGGCAGACCAGGACUGCCAGUGCCAUGCCAAACCUUCCCCGCUUGUCACCGAAAUGGAGAAUUUGGGCGGCUGGGCCGCUCGGCUUCUACUUCUGGAGUGAGACAAGCUUCAACCUAUGUUCAGAGGCAGUGUAGCCUCCCACGAGAUGCCCUUCAUCAGAUACCUGGCCAAUCCCGUCAGAACCUCAUCAGUCAACCAGGUGUUGUUCCCCACCAUUUCCAAAGUCCAUCACCGACUAUUGGAAGUAAUUCUCCACUUCCUCAACAUGUGCACCUACAUAAUCAGUCAAUGCAAUGUCAGCCUCAAGCUGUAGGCGAGGCUGUAACUAUGACUGCUCUGGCCCAACAGCAAAGGGAUGGGAAACUGCUAGAGGUCAUAGAGCGUAAACGUUGCCUCUGCAAAGAGAUCAAAGCUCAUCGGCGGCCUGAGCGAAGCCUCUGCAAGCAGGACAGCAUGCCAAUACUUCCCAGCUGGCGCAAGAAUACAGAGACAAGAAAGACUGGCACACCUCCUUGUCGUAGGCAGCAGACCGUGCUUUGGGACACUGCCAUUUAAGUUGGGCUCUGCAAAGAGAAGGUGGUGGUAAUGAUAGGUGGUGGGGGACUGUUCGAGCCAUGUUAUGAACCUUUCAUAAUUGUACAAGCCUAAUACCAGGAGUAUGUGAGUGGGUGAGUAUUUUUCUUUUGGAAAUGUGGACAAACCCCCGAAAAGGACAACUUAGAAAUACUUUUGUCAGCUUGUAGUGAUGCAGAAUAACUACAAAAUCAAGCUGCCAAGGGGUAUUCAAUUCAUGUUGUGUUGGCCAUAUACAGGAAUUGAACAGAAUACUCAUUGUAGCAUAGGUCGCUCACCAUAGAGCCCCUGUACAGACAAACAUCCCUUCAAUGGAGGUUUCACAGUAUUUGUUUUUAGUAGAAUCAAUUAGACAUUGCUAUCUGCAGUGCACAGACCUUGUGUUUAAUCUUGCAUUUUAACAAAUAACAAAAGCCAAGGUCUCAUCAAAAAGACCCUUUCAACUGAUCAGAAAAGACACAUAGUCACUUAAAUGGCAAAAGAGUGUACAAGUACUGCUGCUCCAACAACUGCACACUAAUGCCUGUGAGCCAGAGAAACAUGUAAGACUUAAGAAUGACUCUUUAUUUUAUGCUCUUUUACAACUAUAAGUGGAAAGUGUAGGAGGCCUACAGAUGCUACGUAUUUGCAGUUGCACUGUCACAACACAACAUAUUAAAAAUAAAAACCAAUUGAUGAGACCUUUGUUUUCCCAUAUGCAUAUACAGUACACAUGACAAAACAGUGUCACACUACCUUAGCCAAAAAGACAGAUGUCAAUGCUAAUGUCCAUAGUAGAAAGGAAAAAAAUACAAAUGCACCCAAAUUUUUUGAGUCUUUUUUUAUAGAAGGCACUUCUGUGUAGGUGGUUUGGAUAUCACACAACAUUGUAUAAUUACUUUGCUCACCAAGUUUACAGUUUUUAUUGGCAAAAUGAAUAGUUCUAUUAGAGGUCAAGUCAAAGACCCUUUGAAAAAUUUGUGGUGUAGGAAACUUUAAGGUGUAGGAAAACUCUCCUAAGUCAUUUCAAGUCAAAGAUAUGCCAGUGCUUCACUCUUAUGGUAGCAGGUAAACAAGUAAAAGCCAAGAAGUUUGCACCUCUGUUCUAUGCCAAAGGAAAGCUUUCAUGUGCAAACUAUCUAGAUAAAUUAACACCAUGAAAAUUAUAUAGAUGUAAAGUUAGCUUGUUUCUGCUAUUCCACACAGGAAUAUCCUCUCUGCUGAAGAGUCAAAGCUCAUUUCUCUUUAUUCUCACACAAUGAGUGGUUUGCUGUGAAAAACAAGGGAGUGAAAAGCAUCUUCUGUAGGGAGGUGCCUAUUCAUUGACUGAAAUACUUAUAAUAGUGAAGCACUGAACUACUGGAGUGUUUUGUUUUCCUUUUUACUAUUUGUACCUCUGAGGGGUGCAGUGCUAUUGUGAAAGUGGGUGCCUUUUGACCAGAAAGUAUUACAAAUGCAAUAUACUUCUGUCUGUAUUGGCCUUGUGCGAUUUACCUGAAUUGCUGGAAAGAAGUUUGUUUACAGAAUAGCAGUCUCUAAGCAAUUGGAAAUUGUUUGCUUUAUUUCAGUAUUAGAGCAGCAAUACCCAGAAAAAGAAAAUAUGUAAUUUAGAAACAGAUGUUUUCUAUAUCUAAUUUAAA